AUGAUGAACAAAAACACGAAUAUUUUGAUCGUUGGCGCCGGUUGCUUCGGCACAUCCACCGCAUACCACCUCUCCCAGCGCGGGUACACUUCCAUUCACGUCUUUGAUCGAUACGAACCGCCAUCUUGCGAGGCAGCCUCCACCGACAUCAGCAAGAUUAUACGCAGUGAUUAUAAUGAGCCGCUGUACGCGCAUAUGGGGAUCGAGUCCAUAGCUGCGUGGCAGUCUUGGUCAAUGUUUCGAGGGCUGUACCAUGUGCCCGGGUGGAUUCUCAGUGCGGCGAAUCUGUCGAUCCCAUUCGUGGAGGGUUCGAUCGAGACGUGCAAGAGACUCGGGGUGCAGGGUCUUGAGAGACUGACACCGGAACAAAUCCGUGGGCGCUUCUCUGUUGUUACGGGAAAGCUGGACGGGUGGAAUAUCAAUGUGUGGAACCCAACAGCUGGGUGGGCUGCCGCCGGAAAGGCUGUGGAGAGGAUGGCUGGGGCUGCUCAGCAGAGUGGCGUGGAGUACGUCACGGGGGAGACAAGGGGAUAUGUGCGCGAAUUGAUAUUGAAUGAGAUCACACAAGAGUGCAAAGGAGUUGUCACUGCGGAUGGCACGAAAUAUGAAGCGGACCUGGUGAUUUUAGCUGCAGGAGCAUGGUCACCUUCGUUGCUAGACACGAAGGGCCAAUUGAUUGCCAAGGGUCACAGUGUCGCUCAUAUCCAACUCACUCCCGCGGAAACCCAACACUAUGCCGCGAUGCCCAUAAUGGAUAACCUCGAGUUAGGGUACUUCUUUCCGCCACAAGAAGAUGGAAUAUUCAAAAUGGCACACAGCCAAUUCAUCACCAACGUGCAAACCACGAAGAGUGGAAUUACGACCUCGGUCCCGCACACGUUUAUCCAGACACCCGAAGACGGACUUCCUCUUGAGAUUGAAGCAAAGAUGCGUCAGAACCUACGGCGUGUGCUGCCUGAGCUCGCAGACCGACCCUUCUGCUAUACGCGUCUUUGCUGGGACACCGACACAGCUGAUCGGCAUUUCCUUGUUGGCCCUCACCCCGCCUACAAGCGACUGUUUUUGGCGACAGGAGGCUCGGCCCAUGGCUUCAAAUUCCUUCCGGUGGUUGGAAAAUACGUGACCGACAUGCUUGAAGGUACUUUGGACCCGGAAAUUGUACGUCAAUGGCAAUGGAGGGCUGGCCAGGAUAUUAAGGGUAAGAACCUCGCACACCUUGAUCCAGAAAUGGAGUUGGCAGAUCUUACGGGGUGGAAGGGUAGACAUAUCCGUGAAAGAGAUCAUGCUUGCAAGCUGUGA